AUGCAUGACAUAGUCAAUGACGUGGCCAUCUCUAUUGCUUCCACAGAAUGGAAGGCCUUGGUCGGGAGGGAGGAUUGUGGGUUUAAAAAUUGGUCAAAGGCUGAGCUUAGAGAAUGCACUGUGAUAUCCUUCCUUCGUGCUAGCAUUGAUGAGCUUCCCGAAAAAUUGGACUGUCCAAACUUGAGGAUGUUUCUGUUAGUCGACUGCAACCUGUCCCUCAAAAUUCCUGAUUCAUUUUUCGAAUCUAUGCAUAAGCUCCAAGUCAUGGAGUUAGGAGUAAUAUCUGUCACCUCUCUACCUUCGUCGAUUGAGUUCCUUGAGAACCUCAAGUCGCUUAGUCUUGCCAGUUGCCAUCUCGAGGAUGUGACUCUUCUUGGAAAGCUGAAAGCAUUGCAGAUCCUACAUCUCUGUGGAUCAACAAUUGCUCGGCUGCCUAAAGAAAUAGGUGAACUAACAAAAUUGAGAAUUUUGAACUUAAAAAGUUGCACUAGGCUCAAAGUUAUCGAACCUGAUGUGCUCGGAAGCUUGGUUAAUUUAGAAGAAUUGUAUAUGGCCGACAGUUUUGAUCGGUGGGAGGUUGAAGAUGAAGCACCGCGAAGAAACGCCAGUCUGAUUGAGUUAAAAAACAUGAAUAAGUUGAGCACUUUGGACAUUGUCAUUCCUCAUUUUGCCGAUCUCCCGAGAGACUUGCCGUUUGGGAAACUGAACAAGUAUAAAAUCCAAAUUGGGGGCUUUUGGGAUUGGUCGGUUGAAUAUAAAGAAUCUAGAACUUUAAAGCUCAAGCUGGAUUUGGGCAAUCUUCUUUUCGAAGAGUGGGUGCAAAAAUGUCUGCAGAGAACACAAGAUCUCCACUUGGAUGGAUUGCAAGAUGGCAAUGAUAGUAUUCACGAUUUAUGCAUUGAAGGAUUCCAGGAAUUGAAAUAUCUUCACGUGCAAAAUAGCCCCUCAUUUCAUUAUGUUGUUCACCCCACGAACAAUGUCCAGUGCACUGCAUUUACGAGAUUGGUAUCUUUGUUUCUUGAGAAUAUGGGCAAAUUUGAGAAGAUUUGUGGCAGCUGUCUUGCCCUAGAAUCCUUCAGCAAAUUAAAGAUUGUGAAAGUGGACAACUGUAGUGAAAUCAAACAUCUGUUUCCUUCGUCCAUGAUGAGAUUAUUAUCCCAGCUUGAAGAGAUUGAAAUAAGCAGAUGCCACUUAAUGCAGCAAAUUGUGGCAGAUGUCGAGGUUGACAAAGAUGAAAUAUAUGACCCCAAUGUGAAGUCUUGUAAUUUGCGUAGGCUGAUAUUAAGAAACUUGCCAAAUAUGACAAGCUUCUAUAAAACCGCAAACCUCUCAGUUGAUUUCUUUGACGGGCAACAGGUUCUUUUUCCAAGCUUGGAGGAAUUGAAGCUUUCUUCCAUGUUCCAAUUAAAGAGGAUAUGGCAUAAUCAACUCCAUGGACAAUCCUUCUACAAACUUGCAUCCCUCACUGUUGAACUUUGUGAAAAUUUGUCACAUGUUUUUCCAUCAAAUUUAAUGGAUAGGUUGCAUAAUCUAAAUAAAAUUGAGGUGGUUGGGUGUCCCUCCUUGGAAGCAUUAUUUGAUACAGUAACUCUCAGCUCUAAUGAAAGGCAAAAGCCAUUGGUCCUCUCUUCAUUAGAAAAAAUGAAGUUGCUAAAUCUACCAAGGCUGAGAGACAUUUUGAAGAGUGGCUGCAUAGUAAUAUCAGCGUUUCCUAGUCUGGUACAAGUGAGCGUAAGGCGUUGUCAUAGUUUGCCAUAUCUCUUCUCAAGUGCCACGGCCAGAACUCUUGAUAAACUUGCGGUGCUUGAUGUUUCCUGUUGCAAUAAUAUGAAGGGCAUAAUUGCAAUGGAAGAAGGAAAAGGGAAAACUAUCGAGACGUUCAAGUUUCGUAAUUUAAGCAUACUCAAGCUUGGUGACCUUGAGAAUUUGAUUUGUUUUAGUUCAAAGAGUUGUGCUGGUGAUGGUUUACAUCCUCUAUUUGAUGAGAAGUUUGCAUUUCCAAAGUUAGAAGAGCUAAACAUCGAGGGAGUUCACCAAGAAGAACUAUGGAACAAUAAAAUCCUUGUGGAGUCCUUUUGCUGUCUAAAGGUCCUCAAGGUGAAGCAGUGUCACAACCUAAUAAAUGUGAUUCCUUCAUUCAUGUGGAGAAGGCUACUUCACCAUGCGGAGUCUUUGACUGUUGAGAAGUGCCCACGUCUGAGAAACCUUUUUACAACAUCUAUGGCAAAAAGUCUAGGACAACUCCGAUAUCUUGGUCUCAAUGGCUGUGGAGAGAUGGAGUACAUUGUCGCCAAAGAAGAGGAGAAACCUGAAGAAGAAACCGACAAAAUUGUAAUUCCUCAAAUUGUAACUUUGUAUCUUCACAGCAUGCCAAGACUCAGAAGUUUCUGUCAAGGGAAGCAUAUUUCAGAGUGGCCCUCCUUGAAAGAGUUUACCGUCAAAGAUUGCGAAGCUGUGAAGGUGAUUCUAGGAGAUGCUAAUUGUAGAAAAUUAGAGGGCAGCGUUCCAACACAACAACCGCUUUUACUCGUCGAAAAGGUCAUUCCACACUUGGAAGGAUUGACAUUAGCAAGGGAGGAUGCUGCGAUGAUGCCGCAGCAUUACGUCUUCCACAAUCUUAGAGAGCUGACUUUGGCAUGCUACCAUGAUGAAAAUGUCGCUUUUCUUUCCAACUUCCUUCUCCACAGAUUCCCCAAUCUAGAAAUGCUUACUGUGAGAUGUAGUUCCUUCGAGGAGAUAUUUCCAAAAGAUUCGUCUAGACAUGGGGUAGCAACUCCCUGUGGAGAACUAACUAACAUGGAAAAGCCUCUCCAGGCACUGCAAAAUCUGAGGCAACUUAACCUAGAUAGGUUGUGUAACCUGAAGCGAGUUUGGAAAGAUGGUUCCUUGAUUGCUGAAAUUCUGAAACAGAUUGAAGUUCUGUGGAUUGGGGAAUGCCCGAGUUUAUCAAUUGUGCUUCCAUCCCGACUUCAUUCCAAAGAUUGA